CCCGGAGGUCGGCGCCGGACUACGCAGGCGCACGGGCGGGCCGCUCGCAGUGCGCAUGCGCCGCGCCGGAAGCGUUCCGACGUUAUUACUGGGCGCCUCUGCGCGCGCGGGAAGAUGGCUGAGCAGGUGACCAAGUCGGUGCUGUUCGUGUGUCUGGGUAACAUCUGUCGAUCACCCAUCGCAGAAGCGGUUUUCAGGAAACUUGUAACUGAUCAAAACAUUUCAGAUAAUUGGAGGAUAGACAGUGCAGCGACCUCCACGUAUGAACUAGGAAACCCUCCUGAUUACCGGGGGCAGGCCUGCAUGAAGAAGCAUGGUGUCCCCAUGAGCCACGUUGCCCGGCAGGUUACCAAAGAAGACUUUGCCACUUUUGAUUAUAUACUAUGUAUGGAUGAGAGCAAUCUGAGAGAUUUGAAUAGAAAAAGUAAUCAAGUUAAAAACUGCAGAGCGAAAAUCGAACUGCUCGGGAGCUAUGAUCCACAAAAACAACUUAUCAUUGAAGAUCCCUAUUAUGGCAACGACGCCGACUUUGAGACCGUCUACCAGCAGUGCGUGCGGUGCUGCAGGGCUUUCCUGGAGAAGGCUCGCUGACCGGCCGUCCCGCUGCGGCCCAGGCUCGUCCCCGCCCGUGUGUCCAGUGCCAACAGCGUCACCGUUCCCGAGCCAAGGCCGCAGCCCUCUCUUCAGUUGACUCACUGUUUCUUACCUGAAAAAAUAAUUGUAGAUGGAAAUCAGUCUUUGUGUUUGGCAAAAGAGUAAAUAAAAAAUCUUUAUAUGGGGUAAGAGUUCCUUAGACUAGCUAACCUCCCACUAUGCCCCAGUUACAAAAACGGUGGAACAGUCGAAAUAGUGGAGCAGCACAGUAGACCAUAGUGAAGGGAAGUGAGACGCCCCGGGGGCCUGCGCUGCCCCCCUCUGUGGAUGGGCCCUGCCGCACCGCCUCUCCACGGGGCCGGCGCCCAGCGGCGGUGAGCUGCCACGUGCGCACACUCAGGACAGGAAGGAGCGAGGGUCGUGGGAUCAUCCUCAGCACCUUCACUCCUUCUUAGUUUGUGUCUGUGUAGUUCGUUUCAUAAGGAAGUCACCUUAUGUGUUCCCAUUGGAACCCCUUUGCCUCUGGAAAUGUAGUUAUAUCCAGGAGAAGGACGUGUGUGCUGGUUUGUCUUAUGGUCAGUUGGGGACUGUGUCUGCUUCUACAUGUGUACAAUUGCCUGAAUGUCAAUUACAAAUCACCUUGUGUGGGAAAAGUAUUAAGUUGGAAAAAGUCCUUUUAUGUUCGAAUGCUUAAAUAUCGAUAUAUUAAGUAUUGUUUUGUCAGUGCCUGGUUAUAGGGAAAUAUACAUAAUUUGUGCACACUUUGAAAUAACUAAUCUAAAAUUCAUAUGAAUAUAUGUCAGAAAAAAUUGUUCUCAAAUAAACUGGGGAAAUUACAAAAAUA